GACGCGGCCGAGCGGACGCUGCAGUCCCGCCCCGGCGCGCCCGGCUCCGCGUCCUGCCGCCUCCGUCCGCCCCGCGCGCCGCUGCCCCGGGCCCGCGUGCCACUGCCUCGCCAUGUCCGCCGCCAUGAGGGAGCGGCUCGACCGCUUCCUGCACGAGAAGAACUGCGUGACCGACCUGCUGGCUAAGCUGGAGGCCAAGAGCGGCGUCAACCGCCGCUUCAUCGCGCUCGGUGUCAUUGGGCUGCUGGCCUUGUACCUGGUGUUCGGCUACGGAGCCUCCCUCCUCUGCAACCUGAUCGGCUUCGGAUACCCGGCUUACAUCUCGAUGAAGGCCAUUGAGAGUCCCAACAAGGAGGACGACACGCAGUGGCUGACCUACUGGGUGGUGUAUGGCGUGUUCAGCAUUGUCGAGUUCUUCUCCGACCUCUUCCUGUCCUGGUUCCCCUUCUACUACAUGCUCAAGUGCGGCUUCCUGCUGUGGUGCAUGGCCCCCAGUCCCUCCAACGGCGCUGAGCUGCUCUACCGGCGGAUCAUCCGCCCCUUCUUCCUGAAGCACGAGUCCCAAGUGGACGGUGUUGUGAAGGACCUGAAGGACAGAGCCAAGGAGACCGCGGAUGCCUUCGCCAAAGAAGCCAAGAAGGCAACGGUGAACUUGCUGGGCGAUGAGAAGAAGGGCACCUAGGCCUCCCAGGCCGAGCUCCCGUGCUCCUUGCACUUGUG